AUGAACGAAUUAUUCAAGCCAGCGCCAGAGCCUCCAACGGAGCUUGGUCGCUACCGCAUCCUUUCCAAGCGAGCAGGCAUCCGAGUCAGCCCGCUACAAUUGGGUGCCAUGAGCAUCGGAGAGGCAUGGAAUGGCUUUAUGGGUUCAAUGAACAAGGAAAAUUCGUUCAAACUGCUUGACGCCUUUGAGGAGGCCGGAGGAAACUUCAUCGACACCGCCAACAACUACCAAGAUGGCGAAUCCGAGUCUUGGAUCGGUGAAUGGAUGGAGAAGAAGAAGAACCGUGACUUCAUGGUCAUAGCCACCAAGUUCACCACAGGCUACAACAUUGCUCAAGAAGGCAGAGGUAAGACUGUCAACCACGUUGGCAACCACAAGCGAUCACUCCACAUGUCGUUACGCGACAGCUUGGCAAAGCUCAAAACCGACUGGAUCGACAUUCUCUACGUCCACUGGUGGGAUUGGACUACGAGUAUCGAGGAGCUGAUGGACUCACUCGACGCCGUCGUCAAACAGGGCAAGGUGCUGUACCUGGGAGUCUCGGACACACCCGCCUACAUCGUGGCCGCCGCAAACACCUAUGCCAUUCAACAAGGCAAGACACCCUUCAGCGUCUACCAGGGACGGUACAACAUCAUGAUCCGUGACAUGGAGCGCGAAAUCAUUCCCAUGUGCCGCCAUUUUGGAAUGGCUCUCUCCCCUUGGGACGCUAUCGGUGGAGGGAAAUUCCAAUCCAAGAAGCAGCUCGAAGAGCGCAAGAAGAACAACGAAGGUCUCCGCAACAUGAUGGGUGGUGAACAGACCGAGCAGGAGGCGAAGAUCUCGGAGGCGCUUACCAAGGUGGCUGAAGAGCACGGCCUCGAGUCCCCGACGGUCAUCGCUCUUGCCUACGUCAUGGCAAAGACCCCCAACGUCUUCCCCAUCGUCGGUGGUCGCAAGGUGGAGCACCUAAAGGAGAAUAUCAAGGCCCUCGAAAUCAAGCUUACAGACAAGCAAAUCGAGUACCUCGAGAGCAUCACCCCAUUCGAGCCUGGUUUCCCGAACAACUUCGUCGGCGCCGACCCUCACAUCACCGGUCAACCAAGUGCUCUGCUUGGCACUGUUGCACCGCUGGCCUGGGUCAAAGACUCCAAGGCCAUCGGUCAUGAAUAG